UAAGUUUCUCUCAAUCCAAAUCAAAAGAAUCCUACAUUCAUAGUUCUACUUUUGGCCAUGGCCAGUGUAAGGCUUAUAGGAGGGCGUGCAAGCCCAUUUGUGAACCGGGUUCAAAUUGCUCUCAACUUAAAAUCGAUUGACUAUGAGUUCUUGCAAGAGAAAUUUGGUUCCAAAAGCGAGCUUCUCCUCAAAUCGAACCCGAUUCACAAAAAAAUACCGGUUCUUAUUCACGAAGACAGAGCUAUUUGCGAGUCCCUCAUCAUUGUUCAGUACAUCGACGAGACAUGGACGUCAGGACCUUCUAUUUUGCCUUCUGAUUCCUAUGAUCGUGCUACUGCACAAUUCUGGGCGGCCUAUAUUGACGAGAAGUGUACACCAAACUUGAGGGCUCUUCGAGCGGCGAAAGGAGAAGAAGAGAAAUCGGAAGCGUCAAAUCGGCUUUUCGAAAUGUGGAUCUUGUUAGAAGAAGUUCUUGUCAAGCGCAGUGAAGGGGGAAAAGGCUUCUUUGGUGGCGACAAAAUCGGGUACGUUGACAUAGCACUUGGGUGUUCCUUGGGGUGGCUGAAGGCGAUGGAGAAGCUAUUGGGUGUGAAGCUGCUCAACGCUGAAAAGACGCCGGAGCUAGUGCGGUGGGCCGAGAGGUUCUGUGCAGAUGAUGCAGUGAAGGGUGUUAUUCCAGAAACUGAGGAGCUUUUAGAAUUCUCCAAGAAUUUUAUACCAAAAGUCUUAGUCUCCUAAUCGACAUGGUUGAAAUUUCGGUCACUUGGAAAGUCUGGAAUAUAGGAAGCUUUUUAUUGUGACAGAUGAACUUCUUCGUUCUUUUGGUGUUUUCAAUUUCGUUCUACGUACUAUGAAUGAAAGCAUUGAAGUACGAGUCGAGUAUAAUUAUUAAUACUCCGUAACUGCGCCAAAAAUAGCGGGGAGGC